GCUAGCGCAGUUCUCACUGAGACCCGUCACCCGGACUCUACGUGAGACCCACUGCCUGGACUCACCAUGCGUGAAUGCAUCUCAGUCCAUGUGGGGCAGGCAGGUGUUCAGAUGGGCAAUGCCUGCUGGGAGCUCUACUGUCUGGAACAUGGGAUUCAGCCAGAUGGGCAGAUGCCCAGUGACAAGACCAUUGGUGGAGGGGACGACUCCUUCACCACCUUCUUCUGUGAAACCGGCGCUGGAAAGCAUGUGCCCCGGGCAGUUUUUGUGGAUUUGGAGCCCACCGUAAUCGAUGAGAUCCGAAAUGGCCCAUACCGACAGCUCUUCCACCCCGAGCAGCUCAUCACUGGGAAAGAGGAUGCUGCUAACAACUACGCUCGUGGUCACUAUACCAUUGGCAAGGAAAUCAUUGACCCUGUACUGGACCGAAUCCGCAAGCUGUCUGAUCAGUGCACAGGACUUCAGGGCUUCCUGGUGUUCCACAGCUUUGGAGGGGGCACUGGCUCUGGCUUCACCUCACUCCUGAUGGAGCGGCUCUCUGUUGACUAUGGCAAGAAAUCCAAGCUGGAGUUCUCCAUCUACCCAGCCCCGCAGGUGUCCACGGCCGUGGUGGAGCCCUAUAACUCCAUCCUGACCACCCACACCACCCUGGAGCACUCAGACUGUGCCUUCAUGGUGGACAACGAAGCCAUCUAUGAUAUCUGCCGCCGCAACCUAGACAUCGAGCGCCCGACGUACACCAACCUCAACCGCCUCAUCAGCCAGAUCGUCUCCUCCAUCACGGCCUCCCUGCGCUUCGACGGCGCCCUCAACGUGGACCUCACGGAGUUCCAGACCAACCUGGUGCCCUACCCUCGCAUCCACUUCCCCCUGGCCACCUAUGCGCCAGUCAUCUCUGCAGAGAAAGCCUACCACGAGCAGCUGUCGGUGGCAGAGAUCACCAAUGCCUGCUUCGAGCCUGCCAACCAGAUGGUGAAGUGUGAUCCCCGUCACGGCAAGUACAUGGCCUGCUGCCUGCUGUACCGUGGAGACGUGGUGCCCAAGGAUGUCAACGCCGCCAUCGCUGCCAUCAAGACCAAGCGCAGUAUUCAGUUCGUGGACUGGUGCCCCACGGGCUUCAAGGUUGGCAUCAACUACCAGCCCCCCACUGUGGUGCCCGGGGGUGAUCUGGCCAAGGUGCAGCGUGCCGUGUGCAUGCUGAGCAACACGACCGCCAUCGCUGAGGCCUGGGCCCGCCUGGACCACAAGUUCGACCUGAUGUAUGCCAAGAGGGCGUUUGUGCACUGGUACGUGGGCGAGGGCAUGGAGGAGGGUGAGUUCUCCGAGGCCCGGGAGGAUAUGGCUGCCCUGGAGAAGGAUUACGAGGAAGUAGGCAUCGACUCCUAUGAGGACGAGGAUGAGGGAGAAGAAUAGAACAGCUGCCUGGAGUCCACUCACUGUGUUUAUUGCAAAAUCCUUUCGAAAUAAACAGUCUCCUUGCACGGUU